UACUUGCGUACAAUUGUUUGUACAGAUGAACGUAGUACCUUCAGGCGUUUGGAAAUUGCUGCCAAGGAACCAGACUAUUGGAGGUCUGUAAUUUAUUUUCUGAGGUCUUGGCUGAUUUCUUUUGAGUUUCCCAUGAUGUCAAGCAAAGAUGCAGUGAGUUUGAAGCUCCAGCUACUCGACUGUGGCCCUAGAGUUUGAGAAGGUGCAUCAGAUCGCUCCCGUGUUCAACUCGCCCAGGAUGUCGCGGCGGAGCCUGCGUCUGCAGACCACUGGUGGUCUCUAUGGCAACGACAGCCUGGCUGACUUCUCCUCCCAGAACCACAGCAGCGGAGGGUCCAGUCAGAGAGAGUCAUGGUCAGACUACACAGGGUACAGUCAGAGAGUCACGGAUGGUGAGGAGCAGAAAGCAGCAGCAGCAGUCUGCCUCCAGCUCCCGGUCCCUGAACCAGUCCCUGUCCCUGAACCAGACUCCACGCAAGACCCUCUCCUUCUCCACUACCAACACUCCCUCUACGGGCUGCACCACUGCCAGCGAUGCCUCCCUGCUCUCCUCCAUCCUGGACCAGUCCAGCCUCCGCCAGCGAUCCACCACCACUACUACCACAGACGGCUACUGGGGGAGGAGUUCAAGGACGGACCACAGCUCAACGGGUGCGAACGGCGGCGUCAACACUGGGCCGCACAGCCACGGCAUGGUCGCCAACGGUUACAUCUCUAAAGACUGUUCCAUACACUCUGAGAGGAAAGAAGCUCUCACCACAUACUCCUCCUCUUCCUCGUCUCAGGCUGCCUCUGCUGCAGCAGCUGCUGCCGCCUUCUCCUCUUCCUCGUCUCAGGCUGCCUCUGCUGCUGCAGCAGCUGCCGCCAUCUCCUCAUCAUCAUCAGCUUCAUCCUCCAGUUUAUACUGCAUGGUCAAGAGUCAGAGGAGCAAGACAGGUCUCCUGGUGUCAGUCUCUAACACGUGUGUCCACUACAGCAGACGAGCCCUGGCCCCCAUAGUGUCCCUGGUGACACUGCUCUUCCAGAACAUUCUGUGGCUGGGCACUAGGGCCAGGAGCCACUCAGGCAAAGAUAUACGAGAUGCUUACUACUGGGGUCUAUUCAGAGGGGCGCAACUUUACAAAAUGUUCAUGUAGAAAUGCAUUAUGUAGAACAGAUAUGGUGCAGAAUUGGGCAUCAUAUCAGCUCUAUUCAUUGUAUUUCUAUCUGCAAAUUUUACCUCACUGAAUUCCCCCGUUAUACUACUUCCCUUCCCACCCAUCUCUCUCUCCUUCUUUUUUUUACUGUCUUUCAUGGUUUGAUUUAUUCAAAGCUGUUAAACUUUCAUUCAAACCCAACCCCUUUGCUUUGUGUAACCAGCCAUCAUAUUGGUUUCGUCCGCUCGGGACUUUUUCUUUUAUGACAUGAUUAGUAAUCGAUGUAUGAUCCAUCCUGUGUAUAUUUCUGUGUGAUUAUUUAGGUAUUUAGUAAAUAAAUAAUUAAGCCAAUUUUUGUAUUGCUGAUUCGACUUGUUAGCUAGGGUUUGUGCAGAUAACCAAUAAUUGUAUGACGUUCAGAAGAGACUGAAUAAGGUGAUGAUUAAUAAUUGACUGCUAUUGAUAUAAAAGAUCUUCAGAUCUUGAAGAGUUUAUUCGGAAGACAGCAGCUCUAGAAACACUCCUCCGUGGUGCCCCAGGUUCUUAACGAGUUAAUUGUUGCAUGGUUUAAUUCAAUCACUUAAUCAAUCAAACGUUAGGUAAUCGAUUUGAUAAAAUAGCCUGUCAUAUAAUUGAAUCUGUCAGAGACACGACAGCCAUCAUUGUAAAUAAGAAUUUGUUCUUAAUUGACUUUCCUAGUAAGUGUAUUUAACUAUAUGUCACAAGUAAAAGCCUUGGGUAGCGAGUUGAUACAAUUCCAAAUCUGGAAUUUUAAACCACCCUCUGACUUAGGAAGAUAUAAAACUUUCCUUUUUAUUCUAUUAAUUUUAUUUGAAUGCUUUUACAUUUCAUACAUUAUUUGGAACAUUUAUUUGACUUUUGAUUUGUUAAGUGAUAUACAUUUUUUUCUUCUGAGUUGCGUAGAUGUUUAUUGCAUUUAAUAUUACAUAAUGUUUCAUUCAUUCAUUUGUUUGUGUUUUGUUUGUUUGCUUUUCCUCCUUGUCUGCCAUCCAUCCGUCAUGUGGUCUGCCUCAGGUGACGACUGUAAAGGGAAGCAGCACCUGGAGACCAACACACUGGUCCACAGUCACACACAGAUCUCCAGAACUCACCGUCUACAGGGGGGUCUGUGGACCCUUAUAGCUUACACAGGUUAACCCCCUUCCUCCUCUCCCUGACUUCCUUACUGAUCUAAUACACAUACAGGUUAACCCCCUUCCUCCUCCUCCUGGCAUCCUUACUGAUCUAAUACACAUACAGGUUAACCCCCUUCCUCCUCCUCCUGGCUUCCUUACUGAUCUAAUACACAUACAGGUUAACCCCCAUCAUCCUCUCCCUGGCUUCCUUACUGAUCUAAUACACAUACAGGUUAACCCCCAUCAUCCUCUCCAUGGCUUCCUUACUGAUCUAAUACACAUACAGGUUAACCCCCUUCCUCCUCCUCCUGGCUUCCUUACUGAUCUAAUACAUACACAAGUUCCCAGUUUGGGAAUACCUGGUUUAAAUCAUGUCCCGAUGGACAGGCUUGUUCUCUGAAUUCAACCAUUAUUUGGUUUGGUUGGCUUUGUUUCAAAUUGUUCUAUGCUAUGGCACAUUUUAGUAUCAACUUGUGGUGAUAGAUAUUGUAUCUUGUGGAUGUAGGCCUACAUGUUUUUAUAUAAAAAAAAAUAUAUAUUUUUAGGGGCCAGUGUGUUCCUCUUUUUCUAACAGUGUUACUAUCUAAUAUAUUGUAGGAAUAGGCAUGAAUGACACCUGUGGUCUCAGUGUGUGAGUGUAGGCCCAUGUGUUGCUGGGGCGGUGGGCCUCACCAUGCCCAGGUACAAUCUAUCUGUUUGGUGACACAGUCAACACUGCCUCCAGGAUGGAAUCAAAAACAAGGCAUAAGUCCUCUCAACUGCCACCAGAAAGCCCAAUAUGGCUAAAAGAUGAAGCAAUUCUAGGCUACGUUUUAUCAAUUGCUUUAUCCCACACUCCCAAAAUAGGAUUUUUCCUGCCAUGUUGUUUGCAGCAUACUGAAUCUGAGAAAAGGCCUACUUGUUAUGAAAUGGGUGGAUGUACUUCUUAUGGAAAGAACAGAACAGAAGAAACAUGUACGUCGCUGAACAAGUCUAGACAAAUGAGAAGAUUGAUUGGCACAAAAGUAGGCCUACUUCAUAACAAUAGAACCUUGUGUGAAAGAAGAAUUCAAGACUAAAUGUAAUUUGAUACUACAGUGUAGAAUGUGUUCUCACUAUACCAAUGUCACUGUUCCUUCCCUCUUUCUCCUUCCCUUUCUCUUCUUCCCUCUCUCACACUCAAACCUCUCAUGCCAGUAAAUGUAUUGCUAAUUAUAGUCUUCCUGUAACCCCAACUGUUGUAUUGGUUGAUGUUUUCUUGAAGUCAGAGUGCAUC